UCCUACCCGUUUCCCAGAGCGAAAAACCCUCUUUCUUCUUCAUCUUCCUCUUUUCUCACCAUGGAGAACAAUCCAGCUGCAACUAAGAUGUUCCUCAAUGCUGCUCAGGUUGGUGAACUCAAACUCCUCAAACACUUUGCAUUAGCACUAGAUCGGUUACAUGGAGAUGGAAUAGCAGCAGUAAUUGGGAAUACUAAAGAUGGAGAAGGAAGGAGAGCUGUUCAUUUUGCUGCUUCUGGAGGGAGUGUUGAAGUUCUCAAGUACUUGAUUCAAGAGAUGGGAGUUGAUAUUGAAGUCAGAGAUGGAAGAGGUGAAACUCCCCUAUCCUUGGCAGCUAUAAAAGGGCGCUCGGCUGCUCUGGAAUAUCUUCUUGAAAUUGGUGCAAGUCCUGAAAUGGUUGAUGAUUUUAAUUGUAGUCCUUUGCAUCAUGCCGCUGUGAAAGGGCAUAAUAAUGUGAUACCCUUGUUGCUUUCAAAAGGUAUUAAUGUGGAUAUUACGAAUGAUUUUGGCUCACCGCUACAGUAUGCUGCCACUGCUGGCAAACACAAUACUGUUAAACUUCUUCUGGAUCAUGGUGCCAAUCCGAAUUUGGUUUUCCAUGAUACAUUUACUCCACUUCACGCAUCUAUUCAUUCCCAAUCCUGGCAGUGCGUGGAGCUAUUACUCAAGGCAGGUGCUGAUCCAAAUGGUGCACCAGAUGGAAUAAAAGCUCUUCCACUUGCUGCGGGGGUAACAAAAUUAUCAAGCUGCUUGUUGAUGCUGGUGCAGAUCCAAAUGUUAAAAACAUAGUUAGCUGAUUUUACUUUUGGUCUCUCUUCAUUUGCCUAGAUUAUUUCUUCCUUGUUCUAGAAGUGCAACUUACUUGAUCCUCU